CUUUCAAUGCUGCUCUCUACAGUGCUCGCGAUUGUCCUCGUCUCGGUAGCGGAAACCAUUGCUGCCAGGUUCGACUGGUCGCAAGUUAAAUAUGUCUAUGCAUUCGGAGAUUCGUACUCCUUCGUACAGGGUACACUGGGGCAUGCAAACUUCAGCUUUAUCGGCGACCUGAAUGAUCUAGCGUUCACGCCAGACGAGCUCCUGUCGAAUGAAAUAGUACCACGGAACACCAGCUCAGAGGGGUCGAACUGGCUUCAAUACCUGACCGGCUGCUUCUCCGGCCUCCCAUCCGACUGCGACAUCCAGCUAUGGGACUUUGCCUUCGCUGGCGCGGACAUUGAUGCCAACUUGCUCCCUCUCCAUCACGACUUCACCGUCCCCCUCGUCGAUCAAGUGGCGCAAUAUGUCGAGUACGCCGCGGAUGUGCUACCGCACCCGGCUGGGGAGACGCUCACGGCGUGGUGGAUCGGCAUCAACGAUACUGGGGAUACUGUUGGGAAUACGACGCUUGACUUUGUCGAGUUCUGGGAGAAAGAGAUGCAGUCGCUGUUUGCCGCAGUGCAACAAGCUCACGACUCCGGCCUCACGACGCACCUUUUCCUCAACGUGCCACCGGAGGAACGCAGUCCUGGCUACGUAAACGACGUAGAGAAGGGUACACUUUUGAAAGAGCACAUCGCGCUUUACAACGCAGCGCUUGAGGACCACAUCGCUCAGUUCAAGGCGGCCAACUCAGAUGCGACCAUACUCACCUUCGAUGUACACGGCUGGUUCAACACCGUCCUCGACGAUGCCGAGCGGUAUGGCUUCGACAACAUCACAGGCUACUGCACCUGCGAAGACCCAUCGGGAUGCUUUUGGUACAACACAGGGCACCCGACUGAACGCGUGCACAAGCUUCUUGCAAGAGCAAUUGAAAAGCAGCUAUCCGCAUCCUCCUGUGAUUAGGGCCAUAAACCAUGGACCCGGGAGAAGCAUGGAAGGAAACUCGCAUUUGGUGGAAGAGUGCACGUGACAAAAACGUGCUUUGGGUCCUCUCACGUGGUUAAAAGUUUAACUUCGUGGAUCUGGGUUUAUCGCAGCCACACGUUCUACUUGUCGCAAAAAACAAUCUUAUGUCUUUGUAGAAUGCGUGAUGUGGUAUACAUUGGUAUAGGGAGGAAGCAUGGAGGUUCUGGCG